AAUCUCACAACUUUCCUCUCUUCGCAUCUCCCGCCAUCGCGUCUCCCACUCACUCACUAUACGCACACAUCUCUCCCUCUUUGCGGCAUUCUCUCAAACACCUUCAAUGCUCCUCUUCAUCCUCUCCACCAUCUCCCUCCUCUCCCUCUCCAACUCCGUCUCCGCCUCCGCCUCAUGCUCCUCCCACGCUUGCCAGCUACUCGACCCGUGCUCUUCCUCCGAUGACUGCGCUGCGGGUCUCUACUGCGGUGUUUGCCCUGCUGAUGGCCAUUCCCAACCCUCCUGCAUCCGCGCGCUGGCUUACAACCCUGCCUCCUUUGUUAAGGGCUUGCCUUUCAAUCGGUAUACUUGGUUGGUGACCCAUAAUUCCUUCUCCAUUGUUGAUGAACCCUCGUUCACUGGCGUUCAGCGGGUCACCUUUUACAAUCAAGAAGAUAGCGUCACUAACCAGCUCAGGAAUGGAGUUAGGGGAUUGAUGCUGGACAUGUAUGAUUUUGAGGAUGAUAUCUGGCUCUGCCAUUCAUUCCAAGGCCAGUGCUACAACUUCACUGCAUUUGAACCUGCAAUCAACACUUUAAAGGAGGUUGAGGCAUUCUUGAGUGAGAACCCUUCUGAGAUUGUGACUAUUAUUAUUGAAGAUUAUGUGCAUGCUCCAAAAGGGUUGACGAAGCUGUUCACAAAUGCUGGUUUGCUUAAGUACUGGUAUCCGGUGUCGGAGAUGCCCACAAAUGGCAAAGAUUGGCCUAGUGUGACAGAUAUGGUGGCAAAAAACCGCAGGCUUCUUGUGUUUACUUCCAUUGCUUCAAAGGAGGCUGAUGAAGGAAUUGCAUACCAGUGGAGAUACAUGGUGGAGAAUGAACCCGGAGAUCCAGGCAUUGCGCCAGGCUCAUGUUCAAAUAGGAAAGAGUCACAGGCACUCAAUUCAAGAUAUGCAUCACUAUUUCUACAGAACUACUUCCCUACUAUCCCUGUGCAAAAUGAAGCCUGCAAAGAGCACUCUGUCGGACUUGCUGAGUUGGUUGGUGACUGUUAUAAAGCAGCUGGAAAUUUGAUGCCAAAUUUUCUUGCAGUGAACUUCUACAUGAGGAGUGACGGUGGUGGUGUUUUUGACGUCCAAGACAAAAUAAAUGGGCUAAAUCUUUGUGGGUGCAACACAAUCACAGCCUGCCAGCUUGGAGCACCCAUGGGAGUCUGCAAGAAUCCUGAACCAUCUAAUCGAACUCCAGCAGUUAUAGGGGGAAGCUAUUCCGGUUAUGUACAAUUGUCUGGAUGUACAUCCCAGAUCCAUUUACCCAGUCAAUUGGUAAACAAAAUGUUAUAUUCUCUGCUGAUUUUACUGCUCCUCUUGUAAUCAAGAUCAUUGACUUUGUUUUUCCUUGUUACUGCCCAUUGCUUUAUUCAUUUUCUUUUCCAAGAGUAUAACCAGUGACUAUUGAUAUUCUGAAAGGGGCAAGUGACCUUAGAGGAAAUACAAAUUUAGGUAUGAAUGCCAAAUACCAUUAUUGUUCUAACUAGUUCAGUUGUAGGACUUAGUGUAAUAUGUCAUCAUGUGUUGUUCUACGAUCUUGUUGUCCAUUAAUUUUCUAUUUUUUAACUAUUAUUCUCUCCUUAGGGUUUGUCGACAUCCUAUGAUUAGAAGAUAGUUGUUGCCGAAAAUCAUAGAUUUGUCCUUUUAGAUCUACUUCUUUAUUCCAGGACCAAAGAUCCACUCCUCACAAACAUUUUUUAAUUUUUUAGUUGCAAACUCAAAUGCAUUGUCCUGAACAUAGUCCAUCAAGAAACAUAUGCAAGUGUAUUUCUUAA